CUCCCGGCGUGCACUGCGCUGCCCGGGGGCCGACGGGACUCGCGCCUCUCUCUGCUCAGCUCCCGGCGUCCGGCCUCUCUCAAAGGGCCAGCGGCUCGCUCCCUCCGAGUCGUCGCUGGCCUGCGGCUACCAGGCCACACGCCGGCCGGGAGGAGCUCUUGGGACAAGGUGGGCGACAGCUUGGGCCACGGAACUCCAGCUCCCGGCGUGCACUGCGCCGCCCCGUGCCCGCCCUCUUAAAGCGGCCUCGGCCGCUGACGGGCGCGCGUCGCGGGAGCCGGCGCUGCGGAGAGGGCGGCGGCCCGUCCCUCCCCUCCGGCCCCGGGGCCGACUGGGAAGGGAUGCGGGCAAGACCGCGCCCGCCGCGCCGCUUGGCUCCCGGCGCCGCACAGCUGGGCCUAGGCCGCGCCGUCAGCGCAGGGCUCGGGGUCGGGGGACGGUGACGCUAGGCCGGACGUCCUGGCGCGGCCGCCCAGCCCGGUGAGCGCUGCGAGUCUCUUUCAGCUGAAAAUGUGAAUCUAAAAUGCAAGGUCGACACAGCAGGAGUCUGUGGAUUGCGGCGCCCUGCGCUCUGUCGCCAGAUCAUGAAGAUUCCAGGAGAACGUUUCUUCUGGAUGCUGCUUCCCCUGCUCCAUCUGGUAGCGCAGGCUGCAGACCACGCGGAGGUGGCGAGGCACGUGAUCAAGUUGCACCGGGGAAGAGGCGCAGCCCUCACUCCGAGGAGGCAGUGGGUGCUGGACAGCUGUAGGAAGCUCUCUGGGCUGCUUCGCCAGAAGAACGUGGUUCUGAACAAACUGAAAAGUGCAAUCAGAGUGGUGGAAAAAGAUGUCGGCCUGUCUAAGGAAGAGAAACUGUUCCAGGUGCACACGUUUGAAAUUUUCCAGAAAGAGCUGAAUGAAAGCGAGAAUUCCGUUUUCCAGGCUAUCUACGGACUGCAGAGAGCCCUGCAGGGAGACUACAAAGACGUCGUGAACAUGAAGGAGAGCAGCCGGCAGCGUCUGGAGGCCCUGAGAGAGGCAGCCAUCAAGGAAGAAGCAGAAUAUGUGGAACUUCUAGCAGCAGAAAAACAUCAGGUUGAAGCUCUUAAAAACAUGCAACAUCAAAACAAAAGUUUAUCCAUGCUCGAUGAGAUUCUCGAAGAUGUACGAAAGGCAGCAGACCGUUUGGAGGAGGAGAUAGAGGAGCACGCCUUCGACGACAACAAAUCAGUGAAAGGGGUCAACGUGGAGGCCGUGCUGAGGGUGGAGGAGGAAGAGGCGGGCGCCAAGCACAACGUGACGAGAGGAGAGGGCGAGGGCGGCUUGGGGCUCAGCAUGCUGAUCGACUCCCAGAACAACCAGUACAUCCUGACCAAGCCCAGAGAUGCCACCAUCCCGCGUGCGGAUCCCCACUUCAUCAAGGACAUCGUGACCAUAGGAAUGCUGUCUUUGCCUUGCGGCUGGCUGUGCACCGCCAUCGGAUUGCCCACGAUGUUUGGUUACAUCAUGUGCGGUGUGCUUCUGGGACCCUCAGGACUAAACAGUAUCAAGUCUAUUGUACAAGUGGAGACAUUAGGAGAAUUUGGGGUGUUUUUUACUCUUUUUCUUGUUGGCUUAGAAUUUUCUCCAGAAAAGCUGAGAAAGGUGUGGAGGAUAUCCUUGCAAGGGCCGUGCUACAUGACCCUGCUGAUGGUCGCGUUUGGCUUGCUGUGGGGACACCUGUUACAGAUCGGACCCACGCAGAGUGUCUUCAUCUCUACCUGCCUCUCCUUGUCGAGCACGCCCUUAGUGUCCCGCUUCCUCGCGGGCAGUGCCCGGGCAGAGAAAGAAGGCGACAUCGACUACAGCACCGUGCUGCUCGGGAUGCUGGUGGCGCAGGACGUGCAGCUGGGGCUGUUCAUAGCCGUCCUGCCGACUCUCAUCCAAGCCGGAGCCGGCGCGUCCGCCAGCGUGGCCAUGGCAUUGCUGCGGAUGCUGGUCUUGACCGGCCAGAUUCUGUUUUCGCUGGCCGCCGUCCUGCUUCUGUGUGUUGUCAUGAAGACUUACCUCGUGGGACCGUAUUACCGAAGGCUGCACGUGGAAAGCAAAGGGAACAAGGAGAUCCUCAUCCUGGGAAUAUCUGCCCUCGUCUUCUUCAUGUUAACGGUCACAGAGCUGCUGGAUGUGUCCAUGGAGCUGGGCUGUUUCCUGGCCGGAGCGCUCAUCUCUUCCCAGGGCCACAUGGCCACCGAGGAGAUCACGUCCUACACCGAGCCCAUCCGUGACUUCCUGGCCAUCGUUUUCUUCGCGUCAAUAGGGCUGCACGUUUUCCCCACGUUUGUGGUGUACGAGCUCACGGUGUUGGUGUUCCUCACGCUGUCGGUGGUGCUCAUGAAGUUUGUUUUGGCAGCGCUGGUCCUGACCCUCAUCCUGCCGCAGAGCAGCCGCUGCAUCAAGUGGAUCGUGUCCGCGGGGCUCGCCCAGGUCAGCGAGUUUUCCUUCGUGCUGGGGAGCCGCGCGCGCAGGGCCGGCAUCAUCUCUCGGGAGGUGUACCUCCUCAUACUGAGUGUGACCACGCUCAGCCUCCUCCUCGCCCCGGUGCUGUGGAGAGCUGCGACCACGAGGUGUGUGCCGAGACCAGAGAGACGGCCGAGUCUGUGACGCAGGAGACGGCCGCGGACCCCGGGCAGGGCCCUGGGUGGGGCAGUGAGCACUUCCAGCUGGGCGUCCUCGGGCCUCUUCCUCGGAACAGAAGAACAAGAGCAAAGACGUGGUGUUUUCCUGGCUUUUCAGGAUAUUGCUGUCAUGUUGUAGAAUUUUUCAGAGUAAUUUAUUUGUAGUCAGUUCACCAUUCGCAGCAGAACUGUAACACUGCGUUUCACAGUCGCCUUGAAUGUUUUGCCUGGACGUGCCUUUUCUUUCUGAAAUUAUUAUUAACUUUCUAUUGUUAAUUCAUGAGUUCAUGAUUUUUUUGGUAAAGAAGAAAAAUUAGAAAGCUUUUUUAAUUUAUUGUACAGCUUUAGAAUUAUAAUCCGUUGGUCAAAUAUUUGUUAUUAAACAUUGAUGUGAAAUGAAAUUUUAAUUCUGGCAUUGAGUUUGGAAGGUUACUUUUGAUCUUAAAGCCUAUGUUUUCUAAAGUGAGACAAAUAUAGAUGCUUAUUUGCC